GAAAAUAAAAGCUAUCACUAGAAGCCAGGCUGAUGGCCAUCCAUCCGACCAGAAACCACCGUCGAGGAAUCCAGACCCCUCUAUGCACCCGUUCGCUAAGCAAAGAGAGUACUCUAGGGCUGUAAUUGCAUCCAAGAUGGACAGAAUGUUCGCUAAGCCUUUCAUUGGAGCCAUAGAGUGUGGUGAUGGUGUCUACGGUAUGGCCAGGGAUAGCGCUAGACUCGGCGUCGUAGCCACCUCAGGCGCAAUGGGUGAACUCGCUAUUCACGACGUUCCAACACGCCAGACGCUCCUCAGCGUCCCAAACGCGCACCAAGGCAUCGUCAGCUCCCUCGCCUUCUCUCACACUUCAAAAUCACUCAGAGGUGAUUCCAGACUUCUCAGUGCUGGUCUCGACAAGCAUGUUAGGAUGUGGGAUGCAAACCGUUCGACCGACGCUGGAGACGACGCAGGUUUGAUUGACGAAGAAGACGCUACAGCCGAGCAAAAGCCACUGAGAACUUGGACUGCGAAUGCAGGUGUAAAUUGCAUCACUCACAACCUUCUCCAUCCUACCUUCGCUACAGCCUCUAACGCUAUUCAAGUCUGGGAGGAAGCCCGCACAGAGCCAGUCGAGACGUAUACAUGGGGUCACGACAAUAUCUCAGCACUCAAAUUCUCACCUACCGAGCACACGAUCAUGGCAGCAGCUGCUGGCGAUAGAAGCAUCUCACUCUGGGACACUAGAGUAGCGGGUGGUAGUAUUGGACGUAUAUUGACGCCAUUCAAGAUGAACGAUCUUUCAUUUAACCCUAUACUCCCAACUCUACUUUUGAGUGCAGGAGAAGAUCACAACCUCUACCUCUGGGAUAUUCGCAACAUGGGUGGUGGUGCAAUCCAAAUAUACAAAGACCACGUUGCGGCCGUAACAUCCUGCGACUGGUCACCAACCGGUCAACAAAUAGCUUCUGGUGGUUGGGACCGCACCGUGCGGAUAUGGGACAAGAACCACGGUAGAUCGAGCGACUGCUACCACACUAAGCGUAUGCAACGCCUGAUGAAUGUCCAAUACAGUCUCGAUUCUAAGUACGUACUCACGGGUUCUGAUGACGGUAACCUCAGGAUCUGGAAGGCAAGAGCGAGUGAGAAGAUCGGACAGAUGGAUGCACGUGAGAGGGAUAGGAUUAACUACCGUGACAGUCUCAGAGAAAGAUGGAGUGGUGUUGGUGAAGUACGCCAGGUCGAACGCAGACGUAAUCUUCCAAAGGCAAUCCGCAAUGCAUCUAAGCUCAAGAAGACGAUGGUCGACUCACAAAAGACAAAAGAGGAGAAUUCACGACUGCACACUCAAGCAGGACAAACGAAGCCAAAGUCCGAGAAGAAGAAGAGUGUCAUCAAAGAACAGACGUAAUGAUCUAUAUAUUGUACUAUUUAUUUAUAUUCCUAUAGACUUUU